UCGAGUUGGUUGUGCUGUUUGCAAACAGUUUCGCGUUAGUAAUCAAUUUGAGUAGGUGAAUACGUCGCUUGUCGGUCCCGGGUUGUGUUAGUCGUCUAUUGCUUGGCCCUCGACGUUUACGUGAUGUAGUUUACUGUUUUGCGGAAGUUUUUUUUUCCUCGAUGUAGUUUUAAAAAAAUUAGUAAAAUACUAACAUCACUAGUUCAACAUGCUAGAGAUACAUAUGUUGGAUCAAGUUGUGAAAUCGAAAAAUGUUUGCGAAAAUUUACAGGAAUUAUCACCAAAGACUAUUAAUAAAAAUUAUAAUGUAACGAAUACUAUAAACUCAACUAAAUUAGAUAUUACCACAACACUACCUUCAUCAGCACCUAUACAUAUACAACCACAGCAGCAGUGCUCUGCAAUGCCGAAUUUACUGGAACGACAAAUGACUAACGGCAAUAUAAAGUCUUCUAGUCAAGGCUCAUCGCCAUCUGGACGUCAACAUGCUUUCAUGGCUAGUUCAACCAAAAAGGGCAGUGGCGGCGGUAGUGGCAAUGGCAGUGUAACUCACAGUCCUGAAAGAUUGCGAGGUGUGACACAUGAUCUCUUCGAGCUGCUUGAACGUGUGCAGUGCUCACGAUUAGAUGAUCAAAGAUGCGUACUGCCAGCUUAUUUUUCACAGAAUCAUCGCAAUUCAAACGAUGAACGUGUUCCACCACAUUCACCGCAUGACAGCAGCAACAUCACACAACCACAUCUCUCUCAUCACAAUGGCUUACAGCAUUCAGGUUCACGUUCAACACUUCGUCAUUCCAUGACAGCAACAUCAAAUUCUACACCAUCAUCACCACAAUUGAGCGGCAUUGUGUCAGUUUCAGGUGGUCAAUUGAUUUCGAAUGGUCAUCAGUACAACUCGCAAUCAUCUGUUUCAUCGCAGUCGUCGAUUAUAUCCACCAUACCAGCUUCACAGCGCUUACUUGAGGACGCCCUAGCGAAGCCUGCACCAUAUCCCAUGAUCAUAUUACCCAUCAAUGGUGGUUAUUGGGUUGAGGGCACUGAACACGAAUGUUCGUUCGAUGCACGUGGCAAUCCAAUGUUGUCGCAAACAACUUGGAUGGCUAAAUUUGAAACGGAUGAUACCGCAAAAUGCUACAGGCGCUUCUACGCUGCACGCGAGCAUUCUAAUUUGGUUGGACACGAUGAACAGCUCGGUCCGGUGCUUAUCUCAGUUAAAACAGAGAAUGUGGCUAAUCAAGAGCAUGUACGCAUAUUAUUGCGUUUACGUACCGGCACCAUGCAUGAAUUGAUACCGGUUUCAUGCCUAGGUCUUAAUCCUAGCCCUGCAAAGAUGGUGCGAUUACUAAAUGAUCAAAUCAAUGUUGAUAGUUUCAUGCCUGUGGUAUGUUCGAAAGCAUCACAAUUAAUCGGCGUCUACGACGAACAUGUGCUCGUUUCACACUUCAAAUUUGGCGUCUUAUACCAAAGAUACGGUCAGACAACUGAGGAAGAAUUGUUCAGCAAUAACAACUCCUCACCCGCUUUCGAAGAGUUUCUCGAUGUGUUGGGUCAACGCAUUAAAUUAAAAGAGCACAAAGGCUAUCGUGGUGGUUUGGAUAUACAGAACGGUCACACUGGUGACACUGCUAUUUAUGAAGUAUUCAAAGAACGCGAAAUUAUGUUCCACGUCUCAACUAUGCUGCCUUACACCGAAGGUGAUCCACAACAAUUGCAGCGCAAGCGUCACAUUGGAAACGAUAUAAUCGCGAUUGUUUUUCAGGAAUCCAAUACACCAUUCUCACCUGACAUGAUAGCAAGUCAUUUCUUGCACGCCUUCAUAGUUGUGCAGCCACUUGAACCAAAUACACCGAACACGCGCUACAAAGUGAGCGUAACAGCAAGAGAUGAUGUACCUUUCUUUGGGCCAACUUUGCCAAACCCGGCUGUUUUCCGCAAAGGGCAAGAGUUCAAGGAGUUCAUACUUACAAAGCUUAUAAACGCAGAAAAUGCUUGCUACAAAGCUGAGAAAUUUGCUAAAUUGGAGUUGCGCACCAGAACAUCGUUGCUACAAAAUUUAGCUGAAGAAUUAAAGGAGAAAACACGUGAUUUCUUGGGCGUCGAUUUGACUGUGAAUACACCAUCAAGCCCAACGCCCGAAACACCAAAAUCUGAUAACAGCACUGCUGGUUCACGCUUUAUCGAUACUGUUAAGAAGGCACUGAUAUCGCGCGUACGCUCACAGAGCGUAGACACAGGCAAUAUUUCCAAUAUGGAGAAAUUCUGCGUAUCAACGAAAAUGAAUUCAUCUGCUGCAUCGACUAAUUCUAAAAAGGACAACAGCCUUAUCGAGACUCCAACUUUAAAUACUUGUAGUCGCACUGCCUCAAAGUCAUCAUCGAAAUCAAAAUCAUCGAACGAUUCAACAUCGUCCUCGCCUGACAUAACGUCGCGGGGACCGCUAAAUGGCUCGGGUUCUAAUACUUUGAACAACAAUAGCUCCUUAAAUAACACACACCAAAUACCAAAAGAAAUGCAAAAUAGUGCCAACAGCAGCACAAAUACUACACACAGCGCUGGAAUUGCCCAUGGUAUCGGUCUGGGAGUUGGCGUUGGUAUUGGUGUCGGUGUAGCUGCAAUGUCGGAAACAUCGGAUGAUUCCAGUUUGAACAGCGUUGAUCUUGAUCCUAUGAUUGGGCAUUUGGAUGGCGGUGCUGCUUAUAUUGACAGCGAUACUGGACUGGAGUCUAUGUCGUCUGCAGAAGCCACGACUAAAGCAUGUUCACUAUGCCUUGAUGGUGUGCAACAAGCAGCAAUGGGUAGCGCAUCGAGUAAUGAAACGGUCGUAAUUAUCGAGAACUUGCGCCAGGAAGUAACGCGACUUAAAUGCGAUAAAUUGGAUUUGCUAAGACAGAAUGUGACUUGUCAGCGUGACAUAAAGCGACUACGUGAGCGUGAACUAUCCUUGCAGGGCGAUUUAGCGGCCGCUGGUAAAGAAAUUUUACGAUUGCGCGACUUAUUGAAGGAAUAUAUGCCCGAUUCGGCAGCAUCGAAUCUUUCGAUAUCACCGAUUUAAGUUCAAUAAUGCAUUGACGACAAUGACGACGACACAACAACAAGAACAAGAACAAGAACAAGAAAUGACUCAACAGUUUAUUGUUUGUAGGCUAAUAAGCUAAGCAAUCGUCUUGGCGUGGAGGAGAGCUUCAAAAUACAAAAUUUGCAAAGCAAAUUUUCGUUUGUUCAUAAAAAAUGAAGAAAAUAAAACCACUGUGCCGUGUUAAACACUUUUUUGUUUUAAGAAGCAGGAGGGCAGGCAUGCAGGCAAGCCCCAUCGCUCGCCUGCCGCUUCACACAAUUUUGUAUUAUUACUAAUAGAAAAUUGCAAUACUUAAAAUUCGAAAAUUUAACUUAACAAAAAGAAAAACAAAAACAAAACAAACAAAAAACAUUAAUUUUAUUUAAAAGAAAACACAGACACAAAAAAUUACACCAAAAAUUUAAUUUAAGUCUUUUUUUAAAUUUAAGAGUAAAUUUUAUUGUUAAAAACUUUAAGAAAAACACGAAAAGGAAAAACUUAUGCAAAAAAAAGAAAAGAAAAAAAAACAAUCAGAAAUAUCGAAAAUGAAUCAGAAAUGUCUCAUUUCCGGCUUACAAUAGCCGGGCUUUCGAGCGCUUAUUGAGGAGUUGAUAACUCCGAAUUACUUAAAAUUUUCUUUAUAUUCUCAUGUUAAGAAAAAAUUUCGAUUUAAUAUUUGUUUCCGUUUCCGCUGAAAAGCAUUUCUCUCGUAUAAAACAUACCGAGGCCCCGCCGUCGCGUUAUAACUCAAUGGAGUAAUGGAUCAAUGGAGCAAUGAAGCAUUUCUACGCCUUCAACUGUACACUCCUCACUGAGUGUAUGCCUAGGGAAAACUGAGCUUAUUUUAAAUCUUGAAUAAUUACAAAAAUUUAAAAAAAAUGAUUAAUUAAAUUAAAUUAAAUUAAAUGAUCUGACUGAAAUCGUGCAAAGAGUAUGGGAGAUAAAUAAAUAAACGGAAGAGUAGAGCAGGAAGAGUAGGAAAUUGCCUUUGGUUCGUACUUUUCGUUUAAGAUUUUUGAGAUUUUUUUUUUAUAAUACAUUUACAUUUAUAUAUAUAACUAUACAAAUAUA